UUCAGACUUCGGGCACAACAGUGCAUGACACUGCUCACUCGAUCACAGACCAAGGCCAUGGACCGGAAGGCGGGAGAAUCCCUCCUGGACUAUGAGGAACGCCUGGCGGCAUUCAUUCAGGAGGCCAACGGUAGGGCUGCCGCCGCGGCCAAGGAACGUAAUCGGCUUGAACAAGAGGAGGAGGUCAAGCGACAGCAGGAGGAACAGGACCGACUUCGUCAAGAAGAGGCAGACGUGCAGGCGGCAGCCGAACACCGGUCACGCCAACAGGAACGACUGUUCACACGGGAGACAGUGAUCGGCGAUGAGGCCGCACAUUGGGUGGAAGAGGCAUCUGCAGACGGGGCCCCGAAGAUUGAGAAAGGGCUGUCAGCCCUUGCGCAGGUCUCCCACGACCUCGUGGCCACCUGCGCUCUGCAGCAGGAGGAAAUCCUUCACCUGCAGCUGACAGUGGACCAGAUGCUCGCACGGCUGCAGGCAGUGGAGAAACAGCCAGCUGUUGUAGCAGCCGCAGGGCCUUCCAACCUUACCACCCGUGUGCAAGUUUUGGAGGAUGACGUCAGCAACAUCAAGCGUGUGCAUCAGGACUUCCGGACGUCGCAGCAAGCAACGAACUCGCAGUUGGAGACGCAGGUCCAGGCUGCUGCCACCGUGACGCCCGCCGCCGCAUCCUACCGGCGCCCACCCAAACUGGAUGACAUUCUAGUUUUCUGCGAUCAGUCCAAGACGGAACCGAUCCCCCACGGCGUAGCAGUGUCGGAACUGCACACCAAGCUCACUUGGCAUGAGUUGACCGACGCCUGGCACAAGCGAUUCCAAGUGGAGUCGCCCGACCUGCAAGCGAUGGACAAGCUCAACAAGCUCCAUCAGAACACGCUGCUCAGUCAGGACUGGAUUACCGAGUUCCAAAGACUCGCCUCCACACCUGACCUGCCGCUCGCAUUCCGCGCCAUCAAGCACUUGUUUAUCAUGCGCUCGUGUCCAGCUCUGCAAAAUGCGCUGACGCAGAUUGCAGAGACACUCGACACAUCUGACAGGCUUUUCAGCACAGCGUCACGGAUCAUCCUCACGAAUAUCGAAGCCCGCAACGCCGGCCGAUCUUCCGCGACCACGAGCGGCACCCAGCCCAAGCCAAAGGUGGCUUGCAUUACUUCUACCGAGGCUGCAACACCAAACGAGGGUGAAGUGUUGGCAGCUGCCCGGGAUGGUGGCCGGCCGUGCAACAAUCACGGCCGCGACAGGACGAAGACUCAGUCCACCUCUACACCGAGCACCGGAUCAGCCGCCGACGAACCUUGGGCACAAUACGGACUCUCGACGAAUUCUUAUCGCACGAGACUCAAGUAACGUUACUGCCUUUGGUGCAACAGCACCAUCCACGAUGCUGCACAUUGCCCCACCAAGGGGAAACCCCGUCAGGGAAAGUA